ACAUCCUAGUUGCUAGGGAUUUAGAAAGGUAUUGAAGCUCUUGAACAAGGAUUUACAAAUUAACUAACAUCACCACUAUAGCACCAGCUUUUGUACACUAUCAUGUACACAACAUACACUAGGACAGCUGAGCUUCUGUAUGUGUUUGUAUGGAUACUAGGCCUUGUUGUACUGUCCUCGUCAGAAACUUACAUCAACCAGUUUGCUGUGCACAUAAAUGGUGGUCCUGAUGUUGCAAACAGAGUGGCAAGAGAAACAGGAUUUAUUAACAAAGGCCAAAUCGGUAGCCUUACAGAUCAUUAUUUGUUUGAAAUACCACACCGCAGCAGAAGAUCAGCUGAAUCAUCGCAGUACCACCACGACAUCUUAAAUUCUCACAGUCAGGUAAACUGGGUGGAACAGCAGGUUGCAAAGUCCCGCAAGAAAAGAGAUUUCCACCCACGAGAGGUUGCGGAACAGAUGAGUGUGACAGAUCCUAACUGGAAGAACCAGUGGUACCUGAAUAGGGGAGCUUAUGGUGGCAAUGAUAUGAAUGUGCUGGAAGCCUGGAAGCUGGGCUAUACAGGAAAAGGUAUCGUGGUCACUAUACUGGACGAUGGCUUGGAGAGAACACACCCGGACUUGGUGAAAAAUUAUGACCCCUAUGCAAGUUACGAUGUAAAUGACCAUGACAGUGAUCCCAUGCCAAGAUAUGAUCCCUCUAAUGAAAACAGGCAUGGAACCAGAUGUGCAGGGGAGGUGUCGGCUGAGGCCAACAAUACACACUGUACUAUUGGUAUAGCACCGCAUUCUAGGAUAGGGGGAGUGAGAAUGUUAGAUGGUGAGGUCUAUGAUGCAGUAGAAGCAGCAUCCCUGAGCUUUAAUCGCAGCCAUGUGGAUAUCUACUCAGCUAGCUGGGGGCCUGAUGAUGAUGGUAAAGUUGUUGAUGGUCCUGGCAAGCUGGCCAAAAGUGCAUUCAUCAAUGGUAUCUUACAUGGCAGAGAUGGUAAGGGGUCAAUAUUUGUGUGGGCCUCUGGAAAUGGAGGCAGUGCUCAGGACUCCUGUAACUGUGAUGGCUAUGCCAACAGUAUCUACACCUUGUCCAUCAGCAGUACAUCAGAGAAUGGAGUCAAACCCUGGUACCUAGAGGAGUGCUCAUCUACCCUAGCCACCACCUACAGCAGUGGGGGAUUCAAUGAGAAGCAGAUUGCCUCCACAGACCUGCAUGAAAAAUGUACAAUCACCCACACUGGAACAUCAGCUUCAGCUCCUCUUGCUGCAGGGAUGGUAGCUUUGAUCUUAGAGGCCAACAAAGACCUGACAUGGAGGGAUGUUCAGUACAUCACACUCAUGACAGCCAGACCUGACCCAAUCAGAGAUGGACAAUGGGUGACCAAUGGAGUGGGUAGAAAAGUGAGCCUGCGUUAUGGAUAUGGUCUGAUGGAUGCCCUAGAAAUGGUCAAGUUGUCUUUGUUAUGGAUCAAUGUGCCAGAAAAGCAGGAAUGUUUGACUGAAUCCGAUGUGCAUAAUGUUGCCUUGAUGUCCCACAACAAAUUCAAGAGUGAGAUCCAUGUUGACGGCUGCAAGGGCACACCUACAGAAGUGAACUAUCUGGAGCACGUACAGGCCAAGAUCUCCCUCACAUAUGACGUCAGGGGCAGCGUCAUCAUCUACCUGACCUCCCCCAUGGGCACAAGGUCAAUGCUGCUACCCCACAGGCCCAAUGAUGCCAACCCUGGGGGUUUUGAUGACUGGCCGUUCCUGUCAGUUCACUUCUGGGGGGAGAACCCACGUGGUGUGUGGUUACUGGAGAUUGAAGAUGCUGAAUCUUAUAGUUCUAAAGGAGGUGAGUUCUGUCUGUUGUCUUGUCCAUCAUACCCACGUGGUGUGUGGUUACUGGAGAUUGAAGAUGCUGAAUCUUAUAGUUCUAAAGGAGGUGAGUUCUGUCUGUUGUCAUCAUACCCACGUGGUGUGUGGUUACUGGAGAUUGAAGAUGCUGAAUCUUAUAGUUCUAAAGGAGGUGAGUUCUGUCUGUUGUCUUGUCCAUCAUACCCACGUGGUGUGUGGUUUCUGGAGAUUGAAGAUGCUGAAUCUUAUAGUUCUAAAGGAGGUGAGUUCUGUCUGUUGUCUUGUCCAUCAUACCCACGUGGUGUGUGGUUACUGGAGAUUGAAGAUGCUGAAUCUUAUAGUUCUAAAGGAGGUGAGUUCUGUCUGUUGUCAUCAUACCCACGUGGUGUGUGGUUACUGGAGAUUGAAGAUGCUGAAUCUUAUAGUUCUAAAGGAGGUGAGUUCUGUCUGUUGUCUUGUCCAUCAUACCCACGUGGUGUGUGGUUUCUGGAGAUUGAAGAUGCUGAAUCUUAUAGUUCUAAAGGAGGUACCCUGCUGGGCUGGUCUCUAGUGUUGCAUGGUACCAAAGAGCAGCCUGUCCACCUGAAGAAUGAAACAGGUAAACAGGCCCCACCAAGUACACAGAUGCCUUCAAGUAAAGAGUUCACAACCACAAAUAAUAGCAUUGCGCUGAAAAAAAGAAUUCAACAACUAAUGAACACAAAUAGUGUAAACCAGCCCAUACGAUGCCAUGAAGAAUGUGAUGGCUUCUGCUCUGGUCCUGAGGCUCAUGAUUGUCUUAAAUGCAAGCAUUUUCGUAUUGGCCCAACCAGUGUGUGUGUGCCCUCAUGCCCUGACGGCUACUACACGUCCCUAGAGAUGUGCCUGCCUUGUGAGAUCAGCUGCUCCACCUGCAACGGUCCCAUGCUGACCAACUGCCUUUCCUGCCCCCUGGGCCACCAGCUACAGAAGGACAAGCUCAAGCUAGACCAGUGGAUCUGCUCCUCUGACUGCCUGCCUGGGUUCUUCCUCAGCACCAACUCCUGUCUGCCAUGCCAUGGCAGCUGCAGAGAGUGCGACACAUCAAGUGCCAACUGUCGGUCGUGUCUUGUGGGCUACUCUUUGGUUGGCAAUGUCUGUAAGAAGGAUAUAAAGGACUCUGGUAUAGAGAGUAUUUUAGUCUUAGUCUUGGUUUUGUUUUUCUCUACAUUUGUUAUCUCAUCCAUAUUAUUUUUAAUCUACUAUUCACGACAAUAUGGUUAUUUAUGCUGGGCAAAUAAAAAACAUUACUUACAAGUGCCGCGAGAAGAUGACAAGGAUGCUGUUGUACACCUGACAUACAGUGAUGAAGUGGAUGAGUGAUGUUAUACACGGAUAAUGUUGAUUACAUGGGUGUGUGUGAAUCUGUUGAAUCUUAUUAAACUUUGGCGAGAAUAUGUCUAUAAAGCCUGUCUUAGUGAAUUAGCUAUUGGAAUAUACUAUUACUGUAUAGUUUCAUCUUGAGAUAAGAACUUAGAAUAUUUGUUGACUGUUGUAUAACUGAUAAGUCACCGUUCAAUUGUUAAUUUCAGAACCAUAUCCACUAUUUUCUUUGUGAUGACCAUUUUAAGUUUUUAUGUACAUAAUGAGAAUAAUUUGUUUUUGAAACUCUAUUAUUAAUUGAUUGUGAUGCUUUAAAAAUGGUUUGGUACUAAGAGCAUGAAAAGUGUAUUAUUCAUAAUAAAGUUAGCUGUAUAUAUGCUUGUGUAAAAAUAUGAAUAGAAAUUCAUAAAAAAUUAAAUUGUUUUGUGUGCAAGUUUUGGCAAAGGGAGGAUAUUUAGGUAAAGACAAUUGUAAAAAAGAAUUAAAAACAGGGUACCAUACAAAUUACUCUUUAUGCUGUUUAGGAAUUUUAAAAUUGAUAGUUAAAGUAAAAUGCUUCUUUUCAUUACAACUGUAAGGCAUUGUAAAUCUAUGACUAGUAAACAGGGACCACCGCUUUUUAUGUUAAAAUUUACGUUGUCGAAGUUUAAAAGAUUACCAAACAGUGACGCUGAUAAAGACAUAACGUACUUGUUAAUAUUUUUCUGAGCCAGUCGUUUAUUUUUGUGAAUUAUUUAUUGUACAUAAAAUAAAACACUGUUAAUUGUCUACAUUGAUUACCAGAAAAUGUAUGCAAUCUGAGUAUUAUCUUGUAGAGAAAAUUUAUGUCAUAAUAUGCUUAUUUUACUAUAUCUGCAACACUUAGAAGUAUUGCAAUAAAACAGGCGGCAUAUAAUGCAAUUGUUGGCUGCAUAUUAUUAAGGCCCCUAACCGGAUCAGUGUACUCAUAUAAAUCAACUUAUUUGACUAAAAAUUGAAAUGACUGUUCACUUUGUCAGUUGCAUAAUUUUGUAGAGCAGUUUUGAUGCAUCUAAGUCUCCCUAGCGCAAUCUCUUCAUAAGUCCUAGUCAUCUCUGUUUUACAGAUGUGUCAACUACAAGUCUAAACUUAUUGAAGAGAAGAAAGAAAUCUUUUAUUUUAUCUAUAAAGUGUAAUUAAUUUAGAGCUUAAAAAUUUUCCUUAAAAAAGAAUUGGAAAACAUGACAGAAAUAGCAUUUAGUUGUUUUUUUUCUUUCAAUUUUGAGUAUUGCACAGAUAAAAAAUUAAAAACCAUUGUAUAUAUUUGUUUGCACAUUCUGUUAUUAUUAUGUUAAAAGCUAAGCUUCCAGUUUAUUUAAUCAGGAUUCUGCAGUGUAAUUUUCUCUCAUUUCAUCCAUCUGGAUCAUUGAGUUCAUUUUGUUUUGCCGGGUGAAAUCAUGUGUUUAAACUCAAUUUAUCUCACUCACUAAGAAUUUUUUUCUUAUCUAUAAAAGAUGUUCUGCAUAUAUUUUUUUUUGGAUGUAGUUGAGGGUAAUAAGGUGCUAACUAAUAUCUCAAAUUAAUAAAGUUAAUUAUUAUUAAAAAUAUUCAAAUUUGUAUGUUGCGGUUCAAAUAGCUUUACUACAUUUUUUCAUCAUUUUAACUGCAAUUAUGUCUCAAAAAUAUUUUUAAAAUAUAGAUUUAAAUGAAAACUAGUUUUAUUAGUAGGCCUAUAUUGUGAAUAUUCCGUAAUUUUCUGUGAAAGUUGUUUCACUUUAAUUCUUAUUUUUGGUCUACCAAACUGUUGUGACAUCCUGUUAGGUGUAGUCUGUAAACUCUGUCCCAUUUUUGUGCUGUAUAGCAGUACACAAAUUAAAAUUUUCAAGUUUAAUAUGUAGCCAAUUAAGUGGACUAAUUGUAGUCACAAAAAUAUUUUAGCUUGUAAAACUGCUUUUUGCGGAAGUAGCGGUGAAGUAGAUUUUCAGUGGAACAAAAUGUUUAGAAAUGUUAGUUCUCUUACAACUAUGCAUUGUUUUGUUUGUCACUUGAGGUGGAAGAUAUUUGCAAACUAGUGCGAUUACAUUUUUUUAGAUUGGAAAGGUAAAACUUGUAUCUUUUUUUAACCUGAUUUUUUUUUCUAAUUACAUUUUUUUUUUGGCUUUGGUACUGAUUUUUUUUUUUAUUUGGCUGUGAAAUUUGAAAUAACUAUAGACAUUUUACUUGAUAUGAGUGUGCUUGUUUUUUUUUUUCUUCAGUAUAAUGAAUUUCUUCUGUUGGAGUCAAGUUACCCAACUUAAAUUUUUUUUAGUUGAGCUUAUGUUAAAAUGUAUAAGUUUAGCUCUAGUCCAUGCAGAUGAAAAUUGUUUAGUUAAAUCUAUAGCCGGCCAGAGUGACCAGUGUUGACAGUUGCAAAACUUCUUGUCCUGGAGGUCUUGAUAAAACAGAAGUGUUGGGAUUUGUUGCUACGUCUUCAAGUCUAAACUACUUCAGGGCUAAAUCUCAAAGUAUUAACUAUGUUCAACAUUUCUAGGUACAUUAUUUUUUUAAACCUUCCUACUCGUAUUUACACAGACUACAAAUGUUAAAACAAUUUUACAUGCUGGUUAUCUGUCAUUAAGUAUUGAGUUGAUACUGUUUAUUUAUAUCAAUAUAUCUAUAUAUGAAUUAUGAAUGUAUAUUAUACAGAUACUAAUAGUACUAAUCCCUUUUAUUCACUAAAUUUUAACCAAAAUUGGUUUGUAAAAAGAAGUGCUAUCCCUGUAAUGAAUAUGGUGGUACGAUAUGUUCUUUAAAUGAUGUUUAUCUAUUGUAUGUAAUGAAUUUUCUUUGUAUCAUUGCUUAUGUUCUUUGAUCAUUUCUUAGCUUCUGGUUGUAGCUUAGUUUGGGGCUUGUUUUCUCUACUUCAUUACAAGUUGGUAACUAUCUCAAAUGCCAUAAAUCAAAUGUAUUCA